AUGGACCGAUCGACGACUUUUCUCUUGGUAUGCUUGGCGGGCAUCGUGCUCUUCGCCUCGCCAGCCGCAGCUUUCGGAGCCGGAAACAUUGCCUCAAUCUCCUCCAUUGAAGGCCACAAUUGGCGCCACGGCGAUAUUGAGGAUCUUCUGGAGACCGUGGCGUUCAUACACGGCCACAAAUGGACCAGCAUGAUGGUGAAGCGGGCCUACUUUGGCAACUGGCUACGAGACUACAGUCAGGCAGUCGAUGUUGGUACCUUGAAAGGCGUACCAGCAGAUACCAUUCGAGUUCUCGUAUGGGUGCUGAGUUUCAUGAGCUUUGGAUACGCGACUGCUGAAUUUGAAGUCACCGCAGACCGUCUUGGGGUGUACAGGCCCGAGGAGCACAUCGAUAACCCUAAGGACUACGCUGACAACCAAGACGCACGCCAAUAUGAUGCCCGCUUGCGAGGACCAGUCCAGCCGAUUGAGCUUCAAGUGGAUCCGAACACUGGUAUGAAGAAUUACAUUGCAAACGAGCAUUGCCAGAUCGCCACUUCACUAGGGUACAUCAAGUGGAGUUUCGCCCGUAGCAUUCACUUUGGCCGAGUCUAUACUUCCGGCCACAACAAGGGCAGAGAAGAGGAUCUAUGUGAAGCUCUUCGGUGCCUUGGACAGGGUCUUCACUGUAUGGAGGAUUUUGGUGCCCACACCAACUACACUGAACUGGCAUUGCGCGAGCUGGGCUUCAACAAUGUCUUCCCGCAUGUUGGUACACAAACCAUGACCAACGUUCGUGGCAAGCAGAUCUACCCGCUAGUGACUGGCACGUUUGGAGGUGUCGACUUUUUGCAUUCUGUCCUUGGAGAGGCUACGGAUCAUGUUACACAAGUCGAGGUCAACCAGACCGAAGUCGAUCAGCUCAACAGUGCUCUAUCAAACGCCGAGUCGUCAGGAAAACGUGGCGACAGCGACUCAGGAGGCAGUUUCUUCGAUGUUCUGGCCAAGAUUCCAGGCACUAGCAGCUUGGCUUCGGAAGCACAGAGCCUACAGGCAGCUUCCAAUGCUCAGGCAGCACAGAAUGCCCAGGGUGGAGGAUACAGUGGCCACCGCGGUAUGGACGACUCGUAUGCUCCAUAUGGAGAUGACUACAGCUCUUCACGAGCAAAUCCUCCAGGCGCCCCUUCCGCACAGCAAGGAUACCAAGGCGGUCCUAACCAGACACCUGCCGGUUUCCAAGCUCCGCCGAAGAUUGAUGCCGCAGCAGCUAUGGCCAAGAUCUACCCUAUUCUGGCGUUCCGCGACAAGGUCGUGCGCCAGAUCUCCGCCAUGGUGAGCAAGAUUCCAGGACUGGAGAAGAUGAUCGACACAGUCACCGAGAAGGUGACAUUGUUUGUGAUGGGUCUGCUCGCGCCCUUUAUUAAGCCGAUCAUCGCCUCUGCCUCCAAUGCGCUGAAGCAAGGAUCGGGCUCGGUGGUGGACUCCAGCGCUGCACAACAGUAUCUUGUCUGGUCCGACCCAACUUCAAGCGAUCCAACACAUUCGAUGUUGUCCAAGGACCAUUUCAGCAACAUUCUCAACCCGCCAGCUGGAGAACUCGCAGCUUGCAUCCUGCAAUAUGUCGCACCGCGGGUCAUCUAUGGAUGGGAGCAUCCUGAAGUGCCGGAGCAUGAGAUUUUGGAUGACGUUGGCAGAGUCUUCCACCAUCCAGCACUCCGCGACCAGAACAUCGAGAUUCAGCGGAAGAUGUUCUCUGUCGUUGAAAGCUGGGUGCACAAGCGUUCAGAUCGUGGCUCUGGCCUCAACAAUGUUCUGUCUUCCGAAAGUGUCAAGGCAGGCCACAACCACAAAGUGCAAGACCUUGGUUCGUCGUUUCAGGGCGUCCAACAGAUUGCACAGCAGCAUGGUAUCAUGGGACAGGGCUCACACAGCGCUACAUCUGGAGGUGUGUUCGACAUGUUGAACAGGAGGAGAGAGCUUGGCGGUGAUACUGUGCCACCGGAUGCGUACUCGCAUCCACAGCAACCUGCUGCUUAUGAUCAGAGCAGCGCUGCAUACCCUACAGCCUAUCAACAGGGAUACGAACAGCCUUGGCAACCACCACAGCAGCAGCAUGGCGGAUACGAUCAAGGAUACGGUGGCGGCUAUCAACAGCAUCAGCAAGGUGGCUACGGAGGAGGGUACAAUCAGUACUAA